AUCAAGAGAAGUAAUAGCGCCCCUCGGUUCGGCUUUGGUCAGGCCCCACCUGGAAUAAUAAGAAUAAUUUAUUUAUGCCUCUCCUCUCCAUUAAGAUCAAUACUAUUGCCUCCAGUUCUGGUUAUUUGGGAUUUUUUUCAGUAUCAGUAUAGAGUCAGACUGGAAAGGCCUGGAAAAAAUGACCCCUUCUAACCAGUUCUCCCCGCUUUCUCUCCUCCAAAUCUCCCCGAUCUACUCACACACCUGUCCAAAUAUAUUAAUACAGGCAAUAAUAAUAAUAAUAAUAAUAAUAAUAAAUGACCCAGCAAGGUCAGGGUUGGGUGAAGUAUUUAAGAACGACGGGGCACAUGGGCUGCUAACAUAUGAAGGACAACAUUGAUGGGAAAGCAACACUUGUCAGCCUUGUGGCAAAUAUCGAUUUGCUGGUUUCGGGUAAAAAGGCUUCUGCUGUUUUCCAGGAGUCUCUGGACACAAGGCUUCCAAGCCUCAGGGCCAGAGGACAGCAACUGGCCAUCUGGGAUGCUCUUGGGCUCUUCUUGACCUUUGGAGGCCGACUGGGUAAGGGGCUUUGGAAGCCACCCGUUUAAGAAAGGGAGUCCAUCAGGGGAAAAAUCUUCCCCUUCCCUGCAAAAGCAAACUGCUGCAGCCUCUCUUGGGCUGCAUCCACACUGGAGAAAUAACCUGGUUUGGCACUGCUUUAACUCUUCCAGGCUCAAGGCUGUGGAAUUCUGGGAGUUGGAGUAUGUUGUGGGGUCCAGAGCAGAGCUUUGGGCAAUGUCUCUUGGACUUUGGUACACCAUCAUAGUGCCCUUUAGCUUCCAUUUCCCAGCAUUUCCCCCACUGGCUAGUAGAGCAGAUGGGACUUGUAGUCCUAUCUGGGGUUCCCAUCUCUGGCGUAGGACCUCAGAGCCAGUUUUUGCCAGUCCCUGCGUUGUCUGUUUGGGCAAAAUACCCCAUUUUGGGGAAUGAGGAAGGAAGGGGCCCUGUGUCUGUGGCACUAUAUCCCUCCAGAGCUUCUGGGUUCUGGCACAUGAGAGAAACAGUCAUGCCUUUUCAUUCGAGGAAGGUGACCUUUGGAGAGGUGCGCCCAAAAGGAGAAGAACACCAGAGAAGAAGAAGAAGAAGAAGAAAGCAUCCCCAGGAGGCACCUUGCUUACCUGCGACAGGUGAGGAGGACAUAAGCUGUGAGAUCCCAGGUGGGAGAGCUCAAUGGCAGGCAUUAAAAGUUUGGAUGGGUGCCUCUUGGGGAAGCAGUGGCAGCAAGGCUUCAGGGGUGCAGAGCGUGGUUUGGGGAUACCGUUUGUUACUUGUCAUUGUGUGUCUUCAAGUCCUUAUGGCAACCCUAUCAUGGGGUUUUCUUGGCCACAUCACUUUGUAAUGUGGGUUUGCCAUUCCUGUCCUCUGAGGCUGAGACAGUGUGACUUGCCUAAAGAUGUGGUAAACAUGCCCAAAUACUUGGGCUAAGAAGGGGCACAUUCUGUUUGCCGCAGCUGGAUGCAAAAGAGAAGGCAUAAAUUGUGGAAAGCUGAAUGCUUUUGCAUUGUUUUCUCAGUGCAGCAUGGAAAGCGGUGAUAACCGACCCAAGCGCCAGCUCUUGGACCUGCUCUGGAAAUUCAGCCGGUCCAACUAGAAACACAGGAUCCCUUCUGGGUUUUCCUAGUUUGCAAACACACGCAGACAGGGACAUCGCAAUGCAGAAAGACCCAAAUUGGGAGGGAAUGUGAAGCGUCUGCCAACCUCAACUGUAUGCCUGCAAGCCAUAACUGUAUGCAUAGGUUGGCAUCAAUUGUAUGCUUCAGGCGUCGAUACUUGUGGCAAGUUUAAUUCUUUGGCAUUGUGUUUUCUCAACCCGUGGUCAUCUGCGCAUGCUCCAGUUCCAGAACUAAUGCAAGCAAAUUCUACUGGUCAAACUAGAAUCGAGAAGGACAGAAAGACAGAACCAAGUAAAUCCCUGGAACUAAAAAGGGAUCGGGGACAGAGAACAUGGUUCUUCCCAAGGGAUGUGGCCAACAGCUCGCCUGCUUCUGUCUUUUUGCGCAGGACGUGAGCGAUGUGGGCAGCGGCACUGUUGUUGUUGUCGGUCCUUGGGGCGGGUCGCCUCCUCCAGCCCACUUUGGCCUUAAGAAUCAGUGCUUUCAACAUCCAGACUUUUGGGGACAGCAAACUCUCCAACAAGACCAUUGCGGACAUCCUUGUCAGCAUCGUGUCCGGUUACGACGUCACUUUGGUCCAGGAGGUCCGCGAUUCUGACCUGAGCGCCGUUAAGAAAUUUAUGAACCAACUGAACCAGGCCUCCCCGCAUCCCUUUGGCUACGUGGUCAGCAAGCCUCUGGGGCGCAGCAGCUACAAGGAGCAGUACCUCUUUGUGUACAGGCAGGACCAGGUCUCCUUCCUGGAGAGCUACUAUUACGAUGACGGUUGUGAGCCCUGCGGCAACGACACCUUCAGCCGGGAGCCCUUUGUGGUCAAAUUUGCAGCCCCUCAGACAGAAGUGGGGGAGAUUAUCAUGGUGCCCCUUCAUGCCGCCCCCAACGAAGCUGCCUUUGAGAUCGAUGCCCUCUAUGACGUCUAUCUGGACGUGAAGCACAAGUGGGGCACUGAGGACGUCCUCUUCCUGGGGGACUUCAAUGCCGACUGUUCCUUCGUCCGAGCGGAGGACUGGCCUCACAUCCGCCUGCGCACCAGCGGCGCUUUCCAGUGGCUCAUUCCAGACGCGUCUGACACCACCGUCAGCCACACCGACUGUGCCUAUGACCGGAUUGUGGCUGCUGGCUCCAGACUCCAAGGAGGCCUCCUUCCCGAAACUGCCGAGGUGAACAACUUCCAGCAGACCUUCCGCCUGAGCUACAAGGACGCUUUGGCGGUGAGUGACCAUUUCCCAGUGGAAGUGACCCUGAAGUCCAGUUAGGACCUGAGCAUCCCCAAAAGAGCUACAUAUAGGGGAGGAAAACCUGUUAUUUCCACCCAGGUUGGCUGGCUCCAGAUUAACCUUUCUUCUGCUUAUGAAAUCUGAAGAACAGCUUGUGUUCUCAUAAAAAGUGAUGAUUUAAAAAGAUGAUUAAUUCCUCUGCUCCCAUGUUUUUCCUGUUCUUGGUGAGAGCGAUCAGCUGCCAAAUUGGGAAACUUCACGGCUCACGCAAUAAAUCUGAAUUAAGUCUGCCAGAUGGCACCAAACGUCCUUCGUCUUCCUUUAAGAAAGACUUAUAAGCUGCAUGGA